AUGGAAGGUGACUAUGUGACAACUGAGCCAAUGAUGGCCCAUGUCAGUAUUGAGGUAGCUGAAGAGGGAGAGUCGGGAAAAGCUGAAUCAUUCGAAGCAUCCAAGGAUGGUCAUUUAAGGAUCUAUAUAGAUAAAAUGGUGUUCAGCCGUCCAAACAUUUUGCUUACCAAUCAUCUUAAGCCAAUAGAUGUUACAGCUCAUUUGGAGGGGUGCCCUUCAAAAAGGUCAAUAUAUAUAAGGGAGUAUUUCAUGGAGUUUUUAAGUGUGGAAGAUACAUCAGGUCAAGGACUUUUUAAUGAGUUGCAAGAUGUCCUAAAGUCUCUUGAUCUUGAUAUUGAUAAUGUGAGGGGACAAGGUUAUGAUAAUGGAUCUAACAUGAAAAAGAACACCAAGAUUAACAUGGUGAGUACAAAAUUACAAUCUGAAAACAUGCGUCUUGAUGUUGCUGUAAAGGCAUUGGAAGCACUUGUUACAUUUUUUGAAAACUACAAAGAAACUGGUUUCGCUUCUGCUAUGUGUGAUGCUAAAGAAAUUGCACUGGAUUCGGAAAUUGACCUUGUUUUUCAAAUUAAACGUCAUAGACCUAGAAAAAGACAUCAUGAUGAAGUUGAUGUGGAUAUUGCUCUUUCUCAACUGAAAAACAAGUUUGAACAGUUAAAGACUUUUGAAUCUAUUUUUGGCUUCUUGUUUGAUGCAUUGAAGUUAAUUUCAUUGGAUGAUCAACAGUUAAAAGAAAAUUGUAUGAAUCUUGAAGCACAUUUGAAACAUAGAAAUACCAUGGAUGUAUAUGGAGCCGACUUAUGUUCUGAAUUACAGGUGUUGCAUAUGAUGUUAUCUGAAGAAGCAUUUUUCUCUAAUAACCCUUGGACAUCCAUGGAAAUAGCAAACUUUGUAAAAGAAACUGACAUGUGUCCUAAUGUCUUGAUUGCUUAUCGUGUACUGUUGACUGUACCUGUGACUGUGGCAUCUGCAGAAAGAACAUUUUCAAAAUUGAAAUUAUUAAAAUCUUACUUACGGACCACUAUGACUCAAGAUAGGCUAAAUGGAUUAGCAAUCUUAUGCAUUGAAAAGAAUGAGAUUGAAGACUUGGAGUAUGAUGAUAUAAUUAAUGAUUUUGCUUCAAAAAGUGCUAGAAGACAAUUUCUUAAAGGUUGA